AUGUGUAUAUAUAAUUACACUAGUUUGUUUGCAAAUUAUAUGAGUGAAGAUAAUUUGAGAAACUUUAUUAAAGAAAUUUAGUAUUUAAAAAUUUGACAUGAGGUGUAAAAAUAUAAGAUGUCAAGUAAGUAAAUUUAGAGAUUCCAGACGGAAAAUAAAGAUUUUACUUCCCCAAUUCCUUGAUUUCCUCCUCAACCUGUAUAAAAGCCACGUUUAUCGCCACGUUACCACUGCUACACGCCACCUAUGCUAUCUGCCACCACGCGUAAGACUGCAUGCGACACCCUAAUUUCCUACUCCAAAACAUACACCAAGCUUUUAAACCGUCUUCUACGCUUCAUUCAAGACUCUUUCAUACCAAAACCACUAGUACUUCGCUCUAGCUCUCUCACCGAUUCACACAAACGAAAACAACCAAGCCCAAAAAAAUGGCGACUAGUCACGCAGAAGUCCCCGGCGAGCCAACCCAGACCGGAACAGCCAUCCUCGAAACCGCAACCGCCGCCAUCCAAGGCUUCGGCCCCGUCAACAAGAUCCACCAGCACCUCUGCGCCUUCCACUUCUAUGGCCACGACAUGACACGUCAGGUCGAAGCCCACCAUUUCUGCGGGCACCAGAAUGAGGAGGUGCGUCAGUGCCUCAUCUACGACAGCCCUGAGGCCGACGCUAAGCUCAUCGGCCUCGAGUACAUCGUCUCGGAGAGACUCUUCUUGACUCUCCCUGACGACGAGAAGAAGCUGUGGCACUCUCACGAGUAUGAGGUGAAGAGUGGGGUUUUGUUCAUGCCCGGGGUGCCGGGACCGAUCCAGCGUCAGGAUCUGGACAAGGUUUGUAAGACCUAUGGGAAGGUGUUCCAUUUCUGGCAGGUUGAUAGGGGCGACAAUCUACCUCUUGGGGUGCCACAGGUGAUGUUGGCAUUGACUAGGGAUGGUCAGCUGUAUGAGGAUCUUGCUCGAAAUGUGGAGAAGAGGUUUGGGAUAUCCUUUGAGAAGGAGAGGGAGAACCGAGCUUAUAUGACCGGGCCGACUCUCGGAGUGCAUCCUUUGGCAAACGGAGGAGGAAAAGGGUUGAAGACGGAGCUGAGGGAGGUGGACGUUCAGCCGGUCGAUUCUGUUCCGAGGGUCUUUGUUUGAGUAAAUGUGUGGGUGGGCUCUAUAAGUAUAUAGUGGAAGUCUGAAUCAUAAAUAGCUGUUCGGAGUACGUACUAGCUAGUAGUAUGCAGUUCUCUGUUUUGUUUAUGCAAGUUUGUGGAUAAUCCUAGUAUUUGCUUGUUCAAUAUGUCUAUAAUGUAUGUAUGCUUACGUGAAU